UUAAAGAUAGCCUCCUGCUAUUUAUACAGAUCUGCGUGAGGGCAUGGGCUGACUGACAGGAUGACGUGCUGCAGCUUGUAGACCACAGCUUUCUGUGACUUUACUAAGCACACCCUAAAACUCCACUGGAGAGCUUUCCCCGCCCACAGCAGACCGUCUACUAGUCAACCAUACUUCUCUUUCUUCUUCCUUAAGCUGCUUUCUGUUCCUCUGCGUCUUGUCCGUUUUUUUUUCUUUUUUUUUUUUAAUAUUCAUAUUCAGUGUGGUUGGCGAACAACGGGGCAGGGAUGGCGGAGCUGGAGGGCCUGGAGUUCGGGAAGUCAGACUUUGUGCUCCUGGAUGAGGUGACGAUGGAGCAGUUUAUGGAGAAUCUGAAGCUGAGGUUUGAGAAGGGUCGUAUCUACACCUUCAUCGGAGAGGUAGUCGUCUCCGUCAACCCGUACAGAGAGAUGGACAUCUACGGCAAAGAGACCAUUGAUGCGUACCGAGGCCGGGAGCUGUACGAGAACCCUCCUCACCUGUACGCGGUCUCCGAUGCUGCCUACAAGGCCAUGAAGAGACGUGCCAAAGAUACCUGCAUCGUCAUAUCAGGUGAAAGUGGGGCAGGAAAGACAGAAGCCAGUAAAUACAUCAUGCAGUACAUAGCAGCCAUCACAAACCCGAGCCAGAGGGCCGAGGUCGAGAGUGUGAAGAAUGUGCUGCUCAAGUCCAACUGCGUGCUGGAGGCCUUCGGGAACGCCAAGACGAAUCGCAACGACAACUCCAGCCGCUUCGGCAAAUACAUGGACAUCAACUUCAACUUCAACGGCGAUCCCACCGGGGGACACAUCAACAACUACCUGCUGGAGAAGUCCAGGGUGGUCCACCAGCAGGACGGGGAGAGGAACUUCCACUCGUUUUACCAGUUGCUGCGCGGAGGCUCAAACGAGAUGCUGGAGUCAUUUCAUCUACAGAACGAUCCUGCGGUCUAUACGUACACCAAAGAGGGCGCUGCAAUCUCCACCACCAACAAUGAUCGAACCAGCCACAAAGCAGUGAUGAGUGCCCUCACAGUGAUUGGCUUCUCAGAGGAGGAGAUCAGCUCAAUAUACAAGAUCCUGGCCACCAUUCUGCUGCUGGGUAACAUGCAGUUUGAGAGUGACGGUGAGAGCGUUCAGAUUGUGGGACUGGAGGCCAUCAGCCACAUCUCUGAGCUGACGGCCACAGAGCCAGAGAGCGUCAGUAAGAGCCUGCUGUACCGCACCGUGGCCACCGGGGGCGGCGAGGUCAUCGAGAAGGGGCACUCGGAGCAGGACGCCUGCUUCGGUCGGGACGCUUUCGCCAAGGCUCUUUAUGAGAGGCUUUUUGGCUGGAUCGUGAGCCGCAUCAACGGCGUCAUUGAAGUCAAAGACUACAACCCGAUGCUUCACGGGAAAAACACAGUCAUCGGCGUGCUGGACAUCUACGGCUUCGAGAUCUUUGACAACAACAGUUUUGAACAGUUCUGCAUCAACUACUGCAACGAGAAGCUGCAGCAGCUCUUCAUCGAGCUGAUCCUCAGACAGGAGCAGGGAGAAUACCAGAGAGAGGGCAUCACCUGGCAACAUAUCGACUACUUCAACAACCAGAUCAUCGUGGACCUCGUGGAGCAGCCACACAAAGGCAUCAUCUCCAUCCUGGACGAAGCCUGCCUCACCGGGGGGAACGUCACCGACACAGUCUGCCUGGACAGCAUGGACACCAAACUGGCCCAGCACCCCCACUACACCUCCCGCAAGCUCAGCCCCACGGACAAAACCAUGGACUUCCAGAAACACUUCCGUAUUCGUCACUACGCCGGAGACGUCACAUAUUCAGUGGAGGGGUUCUUGGACAAAAACAAGGACAUGCUCUUUCAAGACUUCAAGCGUCUCAUGUACAACAGUGCCAACCCCGUCCUGAAGGAGAUGUGGCCAGAUGGUCAUCUGAGCAUCACCGAGGUCACCAAGCGACCUCUGACCGCAGCCACCCUCUUCAAGAACUCCAUCGUGGCCUUAGUGGAUAAACUGGCCUGCAAGGAGCCGUACUACGUGCGAUGCAUAAAGCCCAAUGAGAUGAAGUCUCCAGUGUUGUUCGACGACGCGCGCUGCCAGCACCAGGUGGCCUACCUCGGCCUGCUGGAGAACGUGAUGGUGCGCAGGGCGGGCUUCGCCUACAGGCAGCCGUACGACCGCUUCCUGCAGCGGUAUAAAAUGACUUGUGAGUACACCUGGCCGCAGCACCUGAUGGCCUCGGACAGAGAGGCCGUGGAGACCAUCGUCAUCCAGCACGGCUUCCAGGACGACGUGGCGUACGGACACACCAAGCUGUUCGUCCGAACGCCGCGGUCCCUCUUCACGCUGGAGCAGGAGCGAGCCGCCCUCAUCCCCAUCCUGGUGCUCUUCCUGCAGAAGGUGUGGCGCGGGGCUUUAGCUCGCAUGAGGUGCCGGCGGAUGAGGGCCAUCUACGCCAUCAUGGGCUGCUAUAAGCGCUACAAGGUGAAGGCCCACUUCUGGGAGGUGGAGAGGAGGUUCGCUAAUGUGCGAACCAUGGCCGACUAUGGAAAGAGCGUGGACUGGCCGACCCCGCCUGCAGCCUUGUCCCAGUUUCACAACAUCACAGUCAUGCUGCACCGCAGGUGGUGGGCGAGGCAAAUCGUGAAGAACAUCCCCCCGUCCGACAUGCUGGAGGUUCGGAGCAAAGUGGCAGCUCUGACGGCUCUGAGCGGGGAGAGGAAGGACUGGGGGGUCAGCAGGCCCUGGGAGAGGGACUACCUGGCAAACGUGCGAGACUGCCCGCAGACCAGCUCCAACUUCACCCGCGUCUCCAAGGAGCUGAGAAACAAAGACGAGUACAGUCAGGUCCUCUUCUCCGGCUUCUGUCGGAAGGUGAACAGGUUCAACAAAAGCACAGACCGAGGCCUGCUCGUCACAGACAAGUAUGUCUACAAAUUAGAGCCGAAGAAACAGAGCUUCCUGGUUUUGAAGAGGCUUCCUUUGGAUGGCUUUACAGGACUGAGCGUGACCAGCGGCGCCGACCAGAUGGUGGUGCUCCACACGUCCUCUCAGGACGACGUCCUGCUGUGUCUGCAGCGAGGGGCGCUGUGCCCCAACCAGGACCGAGUGGGCGAGCUGGUGGGAGCCAUGGUGGACCACUUCACACGCAUAAAGAAAGUCCAGUUGCCCGUGAAGGUUUGCCGCUCCGGCGUGCAACUUCACAUGCGAGGCAAACCGAAGAGCGUCAGCGUGGAAACCAAACCCGGCCAGACCAGCGCCGACUUCAAGAAGAGCCGAGACGGUUUCACGCUGUUCGUCCCCGGGAACUAACGAGGCCGUCCGACUGAUCCGCUGCCAACAGCAGUGUCGACGUCCGAACUGGUCAAAACGUCAGCGAGGUUCAUGAAGAUGUAAAUAUGUGACUCUUACUAGGAUUGUUCAAAUAUUUUUUCACAAGUGUUUUAGCAUAUUGACAUAUCGCAGAGUUGCUGGCAGAGUCGGCUUCUUUAAUCUCGAGUUGCAGGAUGAAGAUUGCAAAAGUGACGAAUAGCUGUAGAGGCACAUUUGAAGAGUUGAACAAGUUAAUGUAGAGUCUCACGCUACAUGUGAUACUGUCUUUGCUUCUGCUCUUACCAAAGAAGAUGUUCUUUAAUUGAAAAACGCAACAUAACCAUAUAGGCACUUUUUUUAAAAAUGUCAAAUGUGUACAUCAUGAUGCGUGAAAACAAUCAACACGAAACGUUUCAGAUAUAUUUUUGUACAUUGAGUUCUUUUUUUUUUUUUUUUCUAUGCCGUGUGUCAUGCUGUUGUCUUAGAAAAAGGCAAACUGUGAUGAUUAUUCCAUGUCAGAAGUGAUAAAAAAGAAGAGAGAGGAACAGCGGAAGAAAAAUAAAUUAUUCAAGAUUUACUAAA